UGGAGGGACGCGUUCACGACAACGGCUUAUUUUUUUCACCCCAGGGCGUGUCGGUUUACAAUUAACAGCUGCUGCCAUAUACGUGGUGUUGUCAGCAGAUAGAUUAUUGACUGACGUCAAUCAUGUGUUUAGAGCGUGACAACCACAAGUGGUAUAACCCACAACACAACACGCAGCUCCGUGCAAUCCACUGAUGACUAGCUGUAUAAUGUAGGAGAGAGACAAUUCCACAAUUUUCCUGGAUUCCACGCCCAGGUGGUACUCAUCAACUGGUGUUGGCGUUUUACUUCUCCUUCGCCCGGAUGUUAAGUUAUUGAAAAGAUUUGUCAGCUGUGUCGUUUAAGUUUAUUCGUUCAAAAUUGAAUUGCUUGGCUAUCGCGGGGGUUUAUGUAAUCAAUCGUCAAGUUUCUCAUUAUGUCGCAAACACUUGCAGGUAUACCUGCUAAUGACAUUUACCAGGAAUUAGGAGCCCAAACAUCUACGUCCACGAAAUAUUGGAAAACAGUCCUACGUGCUGUGACCGUCACGUUGAAUUAUUAUUACAUAAAUUACAAGAUUUCUGCAGAAGCUUGACGCUCGUCUGGACAAAUGCUCAAUCCAGAUUCCAGUGCCAGCUCUUAAUGGACAACUCGUGCCGGAGAAUCUAGGACAUUCUAUCUCGUUUAGUUUUUUUUUUUUUUUUAUUAUUUUCACAAGUGUCCAACCACUUCAUCCAAUUUCUAUGAUUGGAUCUCCAAAUAGCGUGCUUCUCAUUCCAGAUACUGCAAACCCUAUUCAUUCAGUUGCAUUUGCCAGGGUUUUUAAAUAUUAAAAGAAGACGUAAGCUAUCUACUGAAUUAGCUACCCGUAUAUACGUCAAAACUUUUAUCCACGUCACUGUUUUAAUUCUACAGGUGCACUUUCCACUCGCGUCGUGCUCAUUCAAUCAAAUAAACACAAUUGAAUCACAAACUAGGGCUGUUUCUAAAAAUACGUAGUUUUCCAACCUACUCAACUGUGUCGUCAUCGCAAACUGUUUCUACGUUACCAUGACGAACUCAAAUCUGUUUCUAAUUGCAUUUGAGUAUCUGUGCAUUCUCCGCCGCAUUAUCUGAAAUAGCUAUUGCUCACGAAACACCAUCGAAGAAAAAAGCGUCACAAUAUAAAGCCUAGGGUUGGUCUAUUUUUAGGCUCUAUAGUGGGCAGCAGACUAAGGCAAUCAUUGCAAUGGCUCAUUUGUUAAAUGCUAUACGUGUAGUCCGUCCCACGCUCGGAAGUCGGAACCAAAGAAUCGGUCCCAAAAGAGAAAAUAAAUGAUCCCUAAUCUUUCCUCUUUCCUUCCUCAUUUUUUUCCCCAAAAAAGAAGAAGAUAAGGAAGAAGAUGCACACAAGAUUCAGACGACUAUAAUAUGACGUCUGCGCCGGGCGUCUAUACACUCUACAAGGGCAGAGAGGAGGACGGAACGUGCGCGUGACAACAAAAGCAGAGCCCCUAUAUAUAUUGGACUCCUGACACUGGGAAAUGUUAGUUGCAUUUCUACCUUGCCAUUCGAUUGGCACCCCGUACCCUUUUACACACGUAACCUCUGAUAGCAUUUUUAUGUAGUCUCCUUUUAUCUUUUGUUCAUCGAUUUCCAAUAUCUAAAAGUUGGUUUGAUCUGAGGAAACAAUUAAGAGCCGGGAUAUCGGUUGACCCCCUCCAACAGAUUGAAACAAAAAUGGCGGAUUCGGUUAUCGAACCCGCGGAAAGUAGCAGCGCAAACGUCGCCCCGGUCGAGGACCUGUUGCAAACGGCCUCACUUCAGAAUUGCCAGCGCCUAGUCGUUUUGGGUUCCGCUCGAUCCGGAAAGUCGUCCCUGGUGGCUAGGUUUUUGAAUAACAAAUUUAGCGAUUCCUACACGCCGACCAUCGAGAACUUCUACCGUAAAGUGUACCGCAUUCGAGGCGAAGUUUACCAACUUGACAUUUUGGAUACCAGCGGCAACCAUCCUUUCCCAGCCAUGCAGCGGCUAUCCUUCAUCACAGGCGACCUGUUCCUUUUGGUCUUCAGCGUUGACAGUCGCGAGUCGUUCGAAGAAGUUGCCCGUCUACGAUCGCAGAUCAUCGAAACCAAAUGUCACAUUGGAGGUCGACAAACGACCACUCAGCAAUCGUUUCGUGGAAGCAAAAAGACAAACACGCCCAAUCUUGUCCCCAUGAUCAUUGCCGGAAACAAAUGCGAUCGAGAAAUGAGAACGGUGACGGCGGAUGAGUCGGCCAUAUUGUGUUCUGGUUUCGCUGGCUGCGGAUUUGUCGAGACGUCAGCCAAAAAGAAUUGGAAUAUCGACGAACUGUUCCGCCAACUUUUCCAAUUGGCUGAUCUUCCACCUGAAAUGGCUCCCAACUCUCAUCGAAGACUUUUACCCGCUCAGCUCCUGGGUUCGUCGGGUAGCGUGCCCAUGCCGCCCAUGCUAACGUCGUCGUCGCCAAUGGCGCAGCAGAGUAAGAAGAAGGGCGGAUCACGUCGCUUUCACGGGCUAUCCAUCCGAAGACGAAUGAGCGACGCCUACGGUGUUGUGGCCCUCAACGUUCGACGACCCUCACUCCAUACCGAUCUGAUGAUUAUGAAGAAAAAGACUUCACAGAGGCAACCCAAUACGACCUCGUCAAACGCGCCGUCAGCCAGAUCCCGAUCCCUCAGAUGCGUCAUUCAGUGAGGAAAUUUAAAAAAAUAAAAACGGGAGUGAAUUAAUCAAUCGGAUAGGUGGGAAAUGCAUCGACCGUUCACACACCGAAGAAAAAAUGACACAACAUUCUUCCCCUUAUUUAUUUUUUUGGCAAACAAAUCAUUUUAAAUUUUAUUACGUGUUUUUUGGGUAAUUCUAAAAAAAAAAAAAUCAAUGUCGACACGCUGCUGUACUCAUAUUAUUUAUAUAUCAUAUACAAAGCCGUGAAAAAAUGUGUGUGAUAACUCUGAUGAAAAUGAAGUGCGAUGAUGGGCGAAAUAAAUCAACACAACACGGAUGGAAUUUUUUUUUCCACUAACCACAUGUCUAGUAUAUUCUAAAAUCAAACACGCAUCAUUGCAGAGAGAAACAGAAACACGGGAUCGACAUAUGUUUUAUUGAUUUUUUUUUUUUGUAAUUUUCUGUAAUUUUUGUUGGAUGAUUUUUUUGUUGUUUUCCCUCUUUUAUCUUCUUCCAUCGAAUUUUGUUUCCAAAUUCUUUUUUGUUUUUGAAAAUCCAAUUUUUGUUUUGCAGCCUUUCUCUAUAUAUCAAACUGGACGCUUUCUACUCAAUGACAAAACUUUUGACCACUGAUAAAAGAGAUAUAGUUUAGAAAACAAGGAGUGUGUGGCGUGUAAGGCGACCAGGAUUCAGGUUGAACUAUCUUGUUUUGUUUAAUUUUCCCCUUUUUUGUUUGACAUCUCACGCCCUUCUUCUUCUUAUUUUCGGAUUUUCCAAUGCAAAUCACAUUGACAACACGGCAAAUAUAAUCACCUCUCUCUAAUGUACCGGAGUGUUGUUUCGUGAUCAACUCACGUCAUAUUUUUUUCUUUUUUUUUUUCUCUUUUUAAUAUUUUUUUUGUUUUGUUUUGUUUUCUGGAAAAGAGGGAAGGAAAACCUAUCGACAUUUUUUUCUUUUUGUAACUUUUUAGACAACAACACGACACUAUUUGAUUAAAACCUGAAACCGACUCCGGUAGCCUUUCGAUUGCGUCUCUUGUUAUAGGUCGAGAGAGAGAAAGAGGAGUGAAGAAAACAAGUGGGGAGCAAUUAAAACAUCAACAUCACGAGUGGGGGGAUUUGAGGGGGGGUAAUACACACACGGACACGUGAAAACAUUUCAAAUUGUUAUCUCAUUCAGCAAUUUAGAAAUUCAUCAUCAUGAAAAAUCCAUUUCGAGGGUUUCUCGAGAAGGAAUUGAGAGACAAGAGGGCUCUGUGUUUUUGUUUUGUUUUUUUCCUUUUUCUGACAUCACACACACGCAGACACACAGUCAAGAAAUGGCCAUUCUUUUCUGAUGUAAUUCACAUUUAGUCAACAUGUCUGAUGACUUCACAGUUUAUCAAUCGAUAGGCUGUCCCAGUUUUUUUUGUUUUGUCGUUUGGUUUUAUCGAAAAAUGGCCACAUAAAGCAGUGUAAAUAUAUGAUAAUAAUUAUAAGAUAGGUUAUCAAUCGAAAAAUAAUAAUAAUAAUAAUAAUAACGUGGGGGGGAUAUAACUGCGAAGACGACCAGACCGACGGAACACUAGGUUAUUAUGCUUUUUUUUCUCACCCUUUUCUUUUUAAGACACUUGCCCCAUUUUUGCCCGUUUAUAAUUUUGGGGGGGACUAACACAAACAGAACAUUUUUUGUUUUUCUCUUCUUCAGUCCAGUAACAGUUUUUGUUUAUACCAACGUCAGUUGAAGAGACAAUAAUUGGGAGGGUAGGCGCGGAAAACACACGGAUAUUGAACACUCGGGACAAAAGUGAGUCUAAAAAAAAAUUUACUAAAGCUUUUAUGACCCUACACCCGCGGCACGUAAAUAUAUAGAUAGACUCAUAUAUGAUUCACUGAAUUUUCAGAAAACAAAAUGAAUAUAACGUCACACGCAUAGAAUUAAAAACAGACACAGGCGAUUAGAAUUUUUUUGCAGCAUGUUGUCCUCUUUGAAUCAUCGGAUAUAAUGAGAGAGAGAGAGAGUUAUAUAAAGCAUGUGGCGUGGCGGUGUGUUUAAUACACACACACACACACAUAACACGCACACACACACAGACAGACGAAUAGGUUUUUUUUUAUAAUGAAUCGUGGCUUCGUGGGCGGGAUUGUUCCGUUUUCAUCUGGGGGUGGGAGGAGGUGGGAGAGAAGGUGGUUUACAAAACAGCCAAUAGUCCCUAUAUAACGAUAAUCAUCACUUACUAAUUAAAUCCCCCUAAAGAAAAGAACUAAUUUCUUUCAAAGGACCGUGAAGCAAUGGCGACAAACUCAACUAACAGAUCGACGCCUCAAUAAUAGAAUAAAGAAAAACAAAAAAUUAUUUUGAAAAAAAAAACCUGCAUGAUAAAUCACCAAGGAUCAGUAUAGGGGGGCACACUCAACACGUCUGGAAAUUCAUCAACGCACAUGUUUUUUUUUGGGGUGGUGGGUGAGUUGACGAAAUUCUUUUAUCUUGGCUAAGCAGCGUGCGUAAGUCAAAUCAAGUCAAAACAAACAGAAUCAGGGAAAUUGCUUUUGUUUCCCACUUUAUGACAUUAUAUUCGAGCGAGGCGCUAUAGAUAUCAUCGACGUUUAAAUAGAAAGUGUGUUUUUUUGAAUGGGGAAAGCAACGUCUUUGGAACAUUUUCCCCCUUUCUCAGCCAGAACGAAAAAACAAAAAACCUGAUAGAAAACACACACGAACGUUUCCCUCCCCCCGUUUUGAUGAGCAGAUUAAAUGAAAAAAAAAAAAAAAACAGGAGCUAUUUUUGUUUAGGCUAAACCAGAAAUAUAUCGAGUAGAGGCUACAGAGAGUUACACAGACAAGUCAAGACAAAGAUACGUGACAGAUUUUUUAGAGUGGCAUACAUAGCAUCAUCAAGUACGGGAUGUCCCAUCGAUUCGGAAAAUUGAUUCUUUUGUUUUUUUUUAGUCUUCGUCUGUUUGCUUUUUUAAAAAAGCAAAUACGUUUUUUUUUUUAUUAUUAAAUCCUUUCCUUUUUUCUUCUUCAAAUGAAAUCACUACCGGUAAUCCGAUUCGGAAGAGGGCAACAGAGAAUGUGAUACUCGUGUGCGAUCGGGAGUAGAAGAAAGUA